AUGCUAAUGCUACAUAGACUUCUUGCUUAUGAGUACAUGGCUAAUGGUUCAUUGGAUAAAUGGAUAUUCAACAAGAACAAAGAGGAGUUUGUGUUGGAUUGCGAUACAAGGUAUAAUAUAGCACUUGGAACAGCAAAAGGACUUGCUUAUCUACAUGAAGAUUGCGAGUCAAACAUUAUUCAUUGUGACAUCAAACCAGAAAACGUGCUCCUAGAUGAUACUUUCAGGGUCAAGGUUUCUGAUUUUGGUUUGGCUAAGCUCAUGACACGUGAACAAAGCCAUGUGUUCACAACACUUAGAGGCACUACAGUGUAUCUUGCACCUGAGUGA